CAAUUCAGUUCCCCAUGUCAUUUGGUGAUAAGAACUCAGAGGUACUAGUAUAAAUGAGGUAAGGUCCUGAGCGCCUUUCUGAACACUUUUACUUGCAUGUCGACCAGUGAAGUUCUCCCUCAAGGUGCAGGCUAUGGCGUCGUCAUCGGCAUUGGACUGUUUUUCAGUGCUUUCAUGGUGGGUUUGACUGCUGUACAGGCACGCUACACAGGUGUCUCUCCCUCCGAUUCUGAGGAGUUCACCUCUGCUUCGCGCUCAGUGAAGCCUGGCCUUAUUGCCUCUGGCAUUGUCUCUGCUUGGACCUGGGCAGCAACCCUGCUCCAAUCCAGCGCAAUAGCUUAUAGAUAUGGCAUUUCGGGGCCAUGGUGGUACGCUGCAGGUGCGACAGUGCAGGUCCUCUUGUUCGCGCAGCUUGCCGCGAAGCUAAAGCUCAAUGCUCCCUAUGCACACACCUGGCUUGAGAUCAUCGCAGCGCGGUGGGGAACUACAGCGCAUCUUGUUUUCAUGGUUUUCGGUCUUGCGACAAACUUGAUCGUAUCCUCCAUGCUUGUCUUGGGCGGUUCAGCUACUGUGACGAGUUUGACUGGGAUGAGCACGAUUGCUGCUUGUUUUCUCAUCCCGCUGGUCGUUGCCAUUUAUGUCGUCGUUGGUGGAAUGCGUUCCACACUGCUUUGCGAUUAUACACAUACAACCGUCCUCUUCGCCAUCAUCUUCACCUUUGUGUUCACCGUAUAUGCAACUUCGGGCUCCAUUGGUUCCAUCAGUCGCAUGCACUACCUAUUGGGUGAGGUAUCCCAAAUCGCACCCGUAGCUGGUAAUGCUGGUGGCUCGUACCUGACUCUCCGCUCUAAAAAUGGCCUUAUCUUCGGUGUUAUUAACCUCAUUGGCAACUUCGCAACUGUCUUCCAGGACCAGGCAUAUUGGCAGCGCGCCAUUGCCAGCAGACCUUCUACGACCGUCAAGGCGUAUCUUAUCGGUGGAUUGGCAUGGUUUGCUAUUCCAUUUGCAUUCUCAACGACGCUUGGGCUUGCUGCAGUGGCUUUUUCUGCGGUGCCUACUGCCAACUCUACGUCACAAGAUCCUCUAUCAAGCGGCUUUAUUCCAAUGCUUGCGCCGCUUUCGGAAAGUGCUAUCUCAGAGGGUCUUCCAGCUUCGCUAGCUGCUGCGACCUUGCUCGGGAAAUCGGGCGCAGCUGCACUUCUUGUCGUGCUCUUCCUGGCUGUUACAAGUGCCACAAGCGCGGAGCUCAUCGCUGUCUCUUCUAUUUUGACUUACGAUAUCUAUGUGAGAUAUAUUAAUCCGAAGGCUACCGAGCGACAAAUUCUGCGCAUGAGUCAUGCAGGGGUUCUUAUCUUUGCCCUCGUGAUGGGCCUCGCCGGUGUUAUUUUCUACUACAUCGGAGUGUCCAUGGGUUGGCUUUAUACGUUCAUGGGAGUCAUCCUCGGCUCUGCUGUCUGCCCAAUUGCCCUUUGCAUUACCUGGAAAAAAGCUAACAAAGUCGGCUGCAUCGUUGGUUCCCUCGUUGGUUUUGCCGCAGGUGUUAUUGCCUGGCUAGUCACCACCUCUGCGCUCAACCAAAAGAUGAUCAAUGUCACCACGAGCGGAGGCAACUACGAAAUGCUUUCAGGAAACCUUGCAUCGAUCGGUGUUGGUGCUAUUAUCUCAACUGUUGCUUCACUUAUCUGGCCAGAUGACUACGAUUUUGCUUCGACUCGUGCAAUCAAUAGCCAUGGUGCUGCUGCUACUAGUCAAAAUGCGAACGAUGAAGUGGAGGAGUCAGGGGAUGAGAAGAAAGUUCCAGAUGUAUCAGUGUCAUCUGUGACAGACGAGGCACCAAUCGAUCCGGAGCUGGACCCAGUCAGCCUAAAUAAUGCAUUCAAGUUCGCUGCCAGAGCAUCUGUAGUACUUACGUUGGUACUGCUGAUACUUAUCCCUCUCCCCCUCUUUGGUGCCCAGACGAUCUAUGGCGUUACCGGCUUUUCGGUAUGGGUGAUAGUGGGUAUUAUCUGGACGUUCGUGUCGGCGUUCGCAGUCGUGUUAUACCCCCUGUGGGAGAGCAGAGCUGCCCUUGGGCUCAUUUCGAGAGGAGUGAUCAAGGAUAUUUUCUCUCCUGGGAGUGGAAAAUUCGUAGCGCCAUCUUCGAUGAACGAGCCUGGCGAAUGAAAUGGUACGACAGCUUUUUAGGAAGUCUAUGUUACCUGUGCUAGACGAUAUAGAUAGACGAUACAUAAAGUCUACAUAGUGCUGUGGGGAGAGGUAUAUUUAUGAAGUAAAACAAAAAGACAGUGUACGAUCUACCUUGCUUGAAGCAUGAAUGGGAAAUUAUUUGAUAGAAA